CUGAUACUGCAGGUGAAGUCCUUGGUGUGCAAUCUAAACACAGACACAGGCUUUCCAGCUCAGCUGACCAGGAGCUUGAUCCCAGCAGGUCGUGGAGCUCCUCCCAGGACUUGGGGAUUAGCACUGGGCUUCCCACAACACCCUGGCAUUCUCCAGAUCUGGAAGCAGCAGCCCGACUUUGACAUUAAACAGCUGUGGAUUUUGAGGUGGAACACCAUGGAAGGCGACUGUCUGAGCUGCAUGAAGUAUCUGAUGUUUGUUUUCAAUUUCUUCAUAUUUCUGGGAGGAGCCUGCCUGCUGGGCGUAGGCAUCUGGGUCCUCGUGGAUCCGACUGGCUUCCGGGAGAUUGUGGCUACCAACCCCCUGCUGACCACGGGUGCCUACAUCGUCCUGGCCAUGGGAGGCCUGCUGUUUCUUCUGGGCUUCCUGGGCUGCUGCGGUGCUGUCCGAGAGAACAGGUGUCUGCUGCUGUUUUUUUUCAUCUUUAUCCUGGUCAUCUUCCUGGUAGAGCUCUCCGCAGCCAUCCUGGCCUUCAUCUUCAGGGAACACCUUACCCGUGAGUUCUUCACCAGGGAGCUCACCAAGCACUACCAGGGCAACAAUGACACGGACGUGUUCUCUGCCACCUGGAAUUCGGUCAUGAUCACAUUUGGCUGCUGUGGGGUCAAUGGGCCGGAAGAUUUCAAGACGGCCUCGGUAUUUCGGCUGCUGACACUGGACAGUGAGGAGGUGCCCACGGCCUGCUGCCGGAGGGAACCCCAGACUCGUGAUGGGGUACUGCUGAGCAGGGAGGAGUGCCAGCUGGGGAGAAGUCCAUUCAUAAACAAACAGGGCUGUUACACUGUGAUUCUCAAUACCUUCGAAACCUACGUCUACCUGGCUGGGGCCUUUGCCAUUGGGGUGCUGGCUAUUGAGCUUUUCCUUAUGAUCUUUGCCAUGUGUCUCUUCCGAGGCAUCCAGUAGGCCACGGUCUGAAGACACGCAGCCUGCCACUGCCCAGUAGCCAGCCCCCUCCCCUCCCUGUCCUCUGGCCCCAGGGGAGGAGGCAAGGCCAGCCUGGAAGGCCAGGAACACAGAGCUAAUUUAAAAAAACAAAAACAAAAACAAAGACAGACGUGAACUAAAGAGGCCUCGCCUUGGCUCCAAGGCAAGAGCCAUGAACUAGUCAAGGACCUAAGGCUGCCCUGGGACCAGCUAAGACCAAAGGAUUUUCAGCCUCAGCGCCCCCGGCCCUGUCAGACUGGACUGUCCCCUGGUCUUGGGUCCCCUCUCUUAGCAUUUCCAGGAUCUGAGCAACCAGAAGACAGAAACAGGCCCUGGAGAACCACUCUUUUCACAAGGACAGAAUCUGCAGCACCACCUGCUGGACAGUGAAGCUGUUCCUGCUCCUGCUGGCUUAGGGUGGCUGUGUGUGGCACUGGAUCUGAUUUCCUCACCUCUCGGAUCAAAGCCUCUCCGAGGGCCACAAAAGGGCAGUGACCUGCCCACAGUCACACAGCAUGUGCAUGACAAGAUCACUCCAGCCAGGACUCCAUCAGAUCUGCCUCAACAUCCCAUUGUAGACUGGCCAGCAACUGCCCACACCUCGUUCUACAGCUGAGAAAAGUACAUACUGUGUCCAGUCUGCCCUGCUUGUUCCUUUACCUAAACCUACUGUCAUCCGUCACUUGUCCUCGUGGGCCGUACCCCUCACUCUGCCCCCCGGUGGGAAGACACCCCCAGUAUUGUCUAUUGCUCUCUUUCUACCCGGAGCUGAAGCUUGAAUGUGUUCUUCAAGGCCCCUGCCAAGAAUUCACCCCCUGCAUACCUCCACCCGAAGAGCUUACUACCUCCCAACGCAGCCUCUGGUGGCACCAGCCCCUCAGAAGACAGAAGGGGGUUCCGUUUUCCUGUGCUUCUGUCCGUGUCCCUUCACUGUGUCCUUCCUAGAGGUUAAGGUCAUAGCUCUUGUCUACAGACAGGAGCCCCAGAGCCUCUCAGUCAUUCCUACCAUGACAUCCUUCCUGUCCUUUUGCUGUCUGUAUGGCAUUUUGUUAUUCUCUCUAGUCUCAGACUUCCAGACUCACAGGUUCACAACCAAAACACACAGACACACACAUCUCAAACUACAGACUACAUUGCCAACUGGGUUACAAGAUGCCCGACCCUGUCAGGACCGUGCUGAAUCCCUAAGUGUUGUCUGUCAGGAUCUCAAGUUUAACUCUGUCUGCUGUGGGCUCAGCAGGGUGGGGGGACGCAAUGGUGGAACAGCAUGGGGCCUGCUCUCCUCUCAGAGGGAAGAGCCUGGUCUAAUCCCAGCUUCCCUCUGCCUUCCUUCUGUCACCUCGAGUCACACCCAUACUGGAGCUCCCCUGCUGCCUGUGCUAGUUCAAGGGACACUCCUUUCUUUCCUCAUGUCCUCACCCAUCCUGGCCUUCCUGAGGGUCUCUGAGCACCACUUUUCAGAGCUGUCUUUCUGCAUCCCCAAAAAUGAAGCCUAGAGACUGAGUCACCAGGUCAGGGGACCCCACUGCUGCCUCCCAGCCUUGACUAAGAGAACCUUGGCUUUGACUCAAAACCCACCAUGUACUGGACUCUGACUGCCGAGGAAGGCAAAUGGAUCAGCUGGGGUCUGUUGGGAGCUCAUGGCCCAGCUGAGCAGGACAUAGCCCAACCACAGGGGCUGCUGCCCAGAACUAGCCCAGGCCUCUAGCAAUGGGCAGGGACAAAGAGGGCUGAGAAGUCAGAUAUCGAGUCCAGGCAGUUCCAGGGUAGAACAGAGACUCUCACCAGAUGAACUUUCCAUACAGCUUUUGAGAAGCCCAAGGCAGCUCAGAUCCAACAACUCCUCAACCAGCACCCUCAUAGGACCGGGAGGGGCAGGCAGUCUUCACCCUAUAAGGUUGUUAUUAGCCACCUACAAGGCUGUCUGAGGUCACUCUACUGGGGCUUGGUGGGCUGCUCUGUGUACUCCCAGGGGAGGGGAAGGGAGCCCUUCCUUCACCUCUCACCCCAAGACUAACAGCCUCCCCUGAGAUGCCUGUGACCCUCAUCCAGUAGAGAACAGACCCUGCCUGACCCAGAGCCACCUGCUGAAAAGACAGCCCUAUCCUACAGGCUGGGAGCAAAGACCGCAUCUGUGGCCCACUCCGCAGCACUCUGUCCCAAGGUCCUGGCUGAGCCCAGCACCCCCAGAAACUGCAUAUCUCUCUCUCUCUCUCUCUCUCUCUCUCUCUCUCUGACACAACACGCGCACACACACACAGGCACUCGCACACACAUAUGUUAUAGUCUAUUUUGGAAUCUGUAAAUGUCCCUUGUAGUAGGAAACAGAGUUAAUUUAUCAU